AUGAAAAGCCCCCACGUCUCCCCCGAACCCCCUAAAUUUUUACCUGACGACCUCUCAAAUGCGUCACAAAACUCCUCUUCUCGUUCCUCCAAGUUCACUUGGCCCGGAAAAGUCCCUCAUUUCAUGAAACAAAAAAAGGCUUCAACUUUAACACGAGAAAGCCUCCAAGUCUUGGCCGCUGUAGAAGACAAAAAGUAUUACAGCAGCCCUUAUUACAAAGGGCUGCUAAAUACUGAAAAGGUCUCUGGUACAAGUACAAGUCCCGAAGCAGAGACUAGUAUUGCAACUGCUACGGGUGUAACACAUGAGAUCCAGAACUGGAACUUGUCUAGCCCUUAUUAUAAAGGGCUAUUGUACACGGAAAAAGUUCCGGGUACAAGUAUAAAUCCAGAAGCAGAGAAUAUGGCUUCUGGUGGAUCAACACAUGACCUUCAGAGCUUGGACCCUUCAAGCCCUUAUUACAGAGGGCUCCUGUACCGGGCUACCAGCCCGGAUCGGGAGAGUCAAACGAGUUCGAGAACGAGUUUUUCGGUUAGGAUGUCGGAAUGGAGUGCAUCUUGUUUUUCUUUUAAGACAAAAGAUGAGAAAGAUCCGACAAUGAUAAAGGUUUACUCUACCGAAAAUUCAAAUGAGGAGUCCUUGAGGGAGAGAGUAUCAGAGCCAUCGUUAUCGCCACCAACACCAGCGGCUCUGGUGGUGCCACCAUCAUCGCCACCGUUGCCACCGCCGGCCGCCAAAAAGAUGGUUGUGAAUGCAAAAGAUACGAGUGAGUUGAAGGAGGAGAAGAAGUAUUUAUGGGCGGAUAGAUACCGGCCGGUAGCUCUUAAGGAUUUUAUUUGCAAUAAGGAUAAAGCCAUUGAGUUGCAACAUACGAUAAAUGAAGAUGAGUGUCGCCACUUUAUAUUUGAAGGACAAGCGGGUGUUGGGAAAAGGACAAUGAUUUGGGCUUUGCUUCGUGAAGCAUAUGGACCCGAUAAAGUGCAGGGGGAAGAAGUAAGCAGUAUUAUGGUGAAUGUGAAGGAAUCAUCUCAACAUGUAGAAAUAAACUUGUCUGAACUAAAAGGAUUUGAGAAGCAUGUCAUCGUUGAACUCAUCAAAGAGACAAAUAACUUAACCAGCAAAACGGGGCUACGAUGCAGCAAUGAUAACUGUAGAGCCAUCAUUCUGCAUGAAGCAGACAAGCUAUCAACGGAUGCAUUGCUGUAUAUAAGAUGGGUUAUAGAGCGGUAUAGAGGAUGUCAUAAAAUCUUCUUUUGUUGUCAAGAUGCUUCAAAGCUUCAACCCCUUAAAAACAUUUGCAAAUUGGUCCAACUCCUUCCACCUUCUAAUAAAGAGAUUGUUCAAGUCCUGGAGUUCAUAGCAAAAAAUGAAGAAAUAGAAUUGCCAAAUAAAUUAGCUGAAAGAAUAGCCGUUAGUUCCAAGAAUAACUUGCGACAAGCUAUUCGCUCCUUUGAAGCUACCUCACAAAAUAAUUCACUUUUGGAGGAAGAUCAAGUAAUCUUGACUGGGUGGGAAGAUGAUAUUGCAAAUAUUGCCAUAAGUAUAGUAGAAAAGCAGAGCCCCAAACAGCUAUAUAACAUUCGUCGAAAACUUCAAAAUCUCAUAGAUCAUAGUGUGCCACCUGAGUUCAUCUUUGAAACUCUAGCAGUUGAACUGAAGAAGAAUGUUGAGGAGUCGAUGCAUAAGCAGAUCGAAAAGACAUAUAAGGAAUAUAGCAAUUCAUAG